CACCCGUCCGUAAUUACUGUGUGGUUUACUCAUCUACCAUAAGUCCGGGUUAGUUGCCAGCAUUCCAAUAACCAGAGGUUUUCAUCGAGGCUGACUUGCUGUAAAUGAGUCGUUUUCCUCGAUUUCUCUAACUGGAUUAGCUCGAAAUGCGCGAAUGUAUCUCAGUCCAUGUCGGCCAGGCCGGUGUCCAGAUGGGCAAUGCCUGCUGGGAGCUUUACUGCCUGGAGCACGGCAUCCAACCUGAUGGUCAGAUGCCAAGUGACAAGACCAUCGGAGGUGGUGACGACUCCUUCAAUACUUUCUUCAGCGAGACGGGGGCGGGCAAGCAUGUCCCUCGAGCUGUCUUUAUGGAUCUUGAGCCCACCGUUGUCGAUGAAGUCCGCACCGGCACCUACCGUCAGCUCUUCCACCCUGAGCAGUUGAUCACAGGCAAGGAGGAUGCCGCCAACAACUACGCCAGAGGUCACUACACUGUGGGUAAGGAACUCAUCGACCAAGUAUUGGACAGAAUUCGCAAGCUGGCUGACCAGUGCACGGGUCUCCAGGGUUUCCUCAUCUUCCACAGCUUCGGUGGAGGCACCGGCUCUGGCUUUACCGCUCUUCUCAUGGAGCGUCUCUCCGUCGACUACGGCAAGAAGUCCAAGCUGGAGUUUGCCAUCUACCCGGCUCCUCAAGUGUCUACUGCCGUCGUGGAGCCCUACAACUCUGUUCUGACUACCCAUACCACCCUGGAGCACUCCGACUGCGCCUUCAUGGUCGACAACGAGGCCAUCUACGACAUCUGUCGUCGCAACCUCGAUAUUGAGCGACCGACUUACACCAACCUCAACCGUCUAAUUGGUCAGAUCGUGUCCUCCAUCACUGCGUCUCUCCGAUUUGACGGCUCCUUGAAUGUCGACUUGACCGAGUUCCAAACCAACCUCGUUCCCUACCCACGUAUCCACUUCCCCUUGGCUACCUACGCUCCUGUUAUCUCUGCUGAGAAGGCCUACCACGAGCAGCUGACCGUUGCUGAGAUCACCAACGCCUGUUUCGAGCCGGCCAAUCAGAUGGUGAAGUGCGAUCCUCGUCACGGCAAGUACAUGGCCUGUUGUUUGCUCUUCCGUGGUGAUGUCGUCCCUAAGGAUGUCAACGCUGCCAUCGCAACCAUCAAAACCAAGCGCACUAUCCAGUUUGUCGACUGGUGUCCGACUGGCUUCAAGGUGGGCAUCAACUACCAGCCGCCCACCGUCGUGCCUGGCGGUGAUCUAGCCAAGGUGCAGCGUGCUGUCUGCAUGCUGAGCAACACCACGGCCAUCGCUGAGGCCUGGGCUCGUCUAGAUCACAAGUUCGAUCUGAUGUACGCCAAGCGUGCCUUCGUCCACUGGUACGUGGGAGAGGGUAUGGAGGAGGGCGAGUUCUCUGAGGCUCGUGAAGACAUGGCUGCCUUGGAGAAGGACUACGAGGAGGUUGGGAUGGAUUCUACUGAAGGUGGAGAAGAAGAAGAGGAAUAUGAGUACUGAACAAAUCAUUGUAAUCAAUUUGAAACGGCACCUCAUAACAUCAUUGCAUAAACUGUUUACAUACACUGUUUACCGAUAUUUAACGUCAAAAUGUCACUGAUUUAACGACGUGAACUAAAAAAUCCAGGUUAGCGAGGUGCUGAGCGUUUCCUCUUUUCAAAGACGAAUAAAUUGAAAUUUCAAAGUCAAUAAUAUUUUUUGUUAUACUUAAAAUGGGGCAGUUUAUCGUUUUGUUGAUGUAAUCAAGCACUGUUAUGAGUCGCUUGCUUCAACUUGGAGUGACAGUAUCCUGUAUGUACAAGAAUUUUUUAUCAAAACGCAGGUUCCAUGGAAAUCCAGUUAUAGACUGAAUCGACGUUUCUUAGAUUUCCAAACUCGGUCUACUGAGAAGAUCACUUUUAAAACAUUUGAGGGCCGACUUUGGGCGGCGUAUCCUUUCAUGUUCAAGAGCAUUUUUUUUUGUUCGUGGGUCAGCCACUCGAACCCCAGGAACUUUAAGUUGGUUACGAGAGCCCUCGCUGGUAGUAAAAAGGAAACGUGCAACGUGGUGUAGUGGUACUUUAUGUACGUUAUUCGAUAGUUCUUUCCUAUUGAAAAAAAGAAACAUUCAUUAAUGACAUGGAAAAUUAUCCGUUAUAAUUCUGCAAAACGUACCCGCUAUCUCCAACUUUGUCGGUCAUCUUGCUAUUUUUUGCGGCUGUUCAAAAAUCAAAAUCUCGCGCGUUUUUCAGUGUUUACGUGAAAUGAACCCGAACAAGAAGGUGGUGUGUGUGUUCCUGUUUCGAGAACAAUGUCGUGGGAUGGUGUUCCCACCAAUCUAGUGCAAAAUAAACCCAUGUCAGGAACAGGCCGCAUAAACGAACAAGUCCCAAAUUUGAUAUCCCAGCUUUCAUGUACAACUGAAGUCGCUGUUGCCAUGAUGUCAAGGAAAACAAAACGCUGUUCAGUUAAUGGUGUUUUUUUGUUCAAGUUAUGAAUCACACAAUUUAUUUAUUAAAACAUUUCUGAGAAAGGGUUCUCCGUUGGCUUAUGUAUAUUUACUUAAACAACGAUAAUUCUCAAGCGAAUAGGAAAGGAAGAUUAAAAAAGUAAAAAAAAAAUUAAGAACAAUAAAAAAAGUGGAACAUUGA